AUGUGGCGCAUCUGGGAGUCCUCUCCAGCACUGUCCCUGGGCUGGUCUAGAACAACCAGUGCCAGCCGAGGAGACUUGAAUUUGCUGGACACAUCGACCAUCCACGGGGACUGGGGCUGGCUCACGUAUCCGGCUCAUGGUUGGGACUCCAUCAACGAGGUGGACGAGUCCUUCCAGCCCAUCCACACGUACCAGGUGUGCAAUGUCAUGAGCCCCAACCAGAACAACUGGCUGCGCACGAGCUGGGUCCCCCGCGACGGCGCCCGGCGCGUCUAUGCCGAGAUCAAGUUUACCCUGCGCGACUGCAACAGCAUGCCCGGCGUGCUGGGCACCUGCAAGGAGACCUUCAACCUCUACUACCUGGAGUCGGACCGCGACCUGGGGGCCAGCACACAAGAAAGCCAGUUCCUCAAAAUCGACACCAUUGCGGCCGACGAGAGCUUCACAGGUGCCGACCUUGGUGUGCGGCGUCUCAAGCUCAACACGGAGGUGCGCGGUGUGGGUCCCCUCAGCAAGCGCGGCUUCUACCUGGCCUUCCAGGACAUCGGUGCCUGCCUGGCCAUCCUCUCUCUCCGCAUCUACUAUAAGAAGUGCCCCGCCAUGGUGCGCAAUCUGGCUGCCUUCUCGGAGGCAGUGACGGGGGCUGACUCUUCCUCACUGGUGGAGGUGCGGGGCCAGUGCGUGCGGCACUCGGAGGAGCGGGACACGCCCAAGAUGUACUGCAGUGCGGAGGGCGAGUGGCUGGUGCCCAUCGGCAAAUGUGUGUGCAGUGCCGGCUACGAGGAGCGGCGGGAUGCCUGUGUGGCUUGUGAACUGGGCUUCUACAAGUCAGCCCCUGGGGACCAGCUGUGUGCCCGCUGCCCUCUCCACAGCCACUCCGCAGCUCCAGCCGCCCAAGCCUGCCACUGUGACCUCAGCUACUACCGCGCAGCCCUGGACCCACCGUCCUCAGCCUGCACCCGGCCACCCUCGGCACCAGUGAACCUCAUCUCCAGUGUGAAUGGGACAUCGGUGACUCUGGAGUGGGCCCCUCCCCUGGACCCAGGUGGCCGCAGUGACGUCACCUACAACGCCGUGUGCCGCCGCUGCCCCUGGGCCCUGAGCCGCUGCGAGGCAUGUGGGAGCGGCACCCGCUUUGUGCCCCAGCAGACAAGCCUGGUGCAGGCCAGCCUGCUGGUGGCCAACCUGCUGGCCCACAUGAACUACUCCUUCUGGAUCGAGGCCGUCAAUGGCGUGUCUGACCUGAGCCCCGAGCCCCGCCGGGCCGCUGUGGUCAACAUCACCACGAACCAGGCAGCCCCGUCCCAGGUGGUGGUGAUCCGGCAAGAGCGGGCAGGGCAGACCAGCGUCUCGCUACUGUGGCAGGAGCCUGAGCAGCCCAACGGCAUCAUCCUGGAGUAUGAGAUCAAGUACUACGAGAAGGACAAGGAGAUGCAGAGCUACUCCACCCUCAAGGCCGUCACCACCAGAGCCACCGUCUCCGGCCUCAAGCCAGGCACGCGCUAUGUGUUCCAGGUCCGAGCCCGCACCUCAGCAGGCUGUGGCCGCUUCAGCCAGGCCAUGGAGGUGGAGACUGGGAAACCCCGGCCCCGCUAUGACACCAGGACCAUUGUCUGGAUCUGCCUGACUCUCAUCACGGGCCUGGUGGUGCUUCUGCUCCUGCUUAUCUGCAAGAAGAGGCACUGUGGCUACAGCAAGGCCUUCCAGGACUCGGACGAGGAGAAGAUGCACUAUCAGAAUGGACAGGCACCCCCACCUGUCUUCCUACCCCUGCAUCACCCCCCGGGAAAGCUCCCAGAGCCCCAGUUCUAUGCGGAACCCCACACCUACGAGGAGCCAGGCCGGGCCGGCCGCAGUUUCACCCGGGAGAUCGAGGCCUCUAGGAUCCACAUUGAGAAAAUCAUCGGCUCUGGAGAGUCUGGGGAAGUCUGCUACGGGAGGCUGCAGGUGCCAGGGCAGCGGGAUGUGCCCGUGGCCAUCAAGGCCCUCAAAGCCGGCUACACGGAGAGACAGCGGCGGGACUUCCUGAGUGAGGCGUCCAUCAUGGGGCAAUUCGACCACCCCAACAUUAUCCGCCUCGAGGGUGUCGUCACCCGCGGCCGCCUGGCAAUGAUCGUGACGGAGUACAUGGAGAACGGCUCUCUGGACGCCUUCCUGAGGACCCACGAUGGGCAAUUCACCAUCAUGCAGCUGGUGGGCAUGCUCAGAGGAGUGGGUGCCGGCAUGCGCUACCUCUCAGACCUGGGCUACGUCCACCGAGACCUGGCCGCCCGCAACGUCCUGGUUGACAGCAACCUGGUCUGCAAGGUGUCUGACUUCGGACUCUCACGGGUGCUAGAGGACGACCCGGAUGCUGCCUACACCACCACGGGCGGGAAGAUCCCCAUCCGCUGGACAGCCCCAGAGGCCAUCGCCUUCCGCACCUUCUCCUCGGCCAGCGACGUGUGGAGCUUCGGUGUGGUCAUGUGGGAGGUGCUGGCCUACGGGGAGCGGCCCUACUGGAACAUGACCAACCGGGAUGUCAUCAGCUCCGUGGAGGAGGGGUACCGCCUGCCCGCACCCAUGGGCUGCCCCCGCGCCCUGCACCAGCUCAUGCUUGACUGCUGGCACAAGGACCGGGCGCAGCGGCCUCGCUUCUCCCAGAUUGUCAGUGUCCUCGACGCACUGAUCCGCAGCCCGGACAGUCUCAGGGCCACCGCCACUGUCAGCAGGUGCCCACCCCCUGCCUUCGCCCGGAGCUGCUUUGACCUCCGAGGGGGCAGCGGUGGCGGCGGGGGCCUCACCGUGGGGGACUGGCUGGACUCCAUCCGCAUGGGCCGGUACCGAGACCACUUCGCUGCGGGCGGCUACUCCUCUCUGGGCAUGGUGCUACGCAUGAACGCCCAAGACGUGCGUGCCCUGGGCAUCACCCUCAUGGGUCACCAGAAGAAGAUCCUGGGCAGCAUUCAGACCAUGCGGGCCCAGCUGACCAGCACACAGGGGCCCCGCCGGCACCUCUGAUGCACAGCCGGCAAGGCCCAGG